AUGAAGGCCAUUCUCGUCCUAGUUUCACUUUUGGCGUCUGCCAUCGCCUCUCCCGUGCAAGUCCGCCAACUUCGCAAGGACGAAGCCCUCUCUAUUCGGGGAGGUUCUCCUGAGUCCGUCAUCGCACGGCAUCUGCCCAUUGCUCGACAGGUUAUAGAGGAAAUCGAUGAGGAUACUGGACUUCCAGACUUCGAAGAUGACGAAGAUAAUGACGGGACUAUUGACAGCCUGGACCAGGAUCUUGAUGGCGAUGGAAUUUUGAAUUCGGUUGACCCAGACGAUGACAACGAUGGUGAGCCAGAUGUGACUGAUAACUUGGACCGUCGGGACGACUUGGACCUUCCCGACAUUCCCGACGAUAUCGAUUUGAACCCCUUCGACAAGCACUAG